AUGGUAAAUUCCUAUACAGGAGAAAAAAGAAUGGAAAUCCUUCCAGAUGCAGCUUCUCUGGCAACAAAGCUGAAAAAUACUCUAAUCCAGUACCACAGCAUUGAAGAUGGUGAAUGGCGAAUUGCUAAGAAAACGAAAGAUGCAACUGUGUGGCGGAAGCCAUCAGAAGAAUUCAGUGGAUACCUCUACAAAGCUCAAGGAGUUUUGGAAGACAUUACCAACAGAGUAGUAGAUCAUAUUCGUCCUGGACCUUAUAGACUAGAUUGGGACAGCUUAAUGACUACAAUGGACAUUGUUGAAAAGUUUGAAGAGAAUUGCUGUGUAAUGCGCUACACCACUGCUGGCCAGCUGUGGAACAUCAUUUCCCCAAGAGAGUUUGUUGACUUCUCUUACACAACUCCGUAUGAAGAGGGGCUUCUAACAUGUGGAAUAAGUCUAGACUAUGGAGAGGUGAGACCUAAUUUUGUCCGUGGAUUUAAUCACCCCUGUGGCUGGUUCUGUGUCCCGCUUAAGGAUCGUCCUGACCAAAGUCUUUUGACGGGCUUCAUCCAGACUGAACUGCGAGGGAUGCUUCCUCAGUCUGCAGUAGAUACUGCUAUGGCUAGUACCCUGGCAAACUUUUACUCUGACCUCAGAAAGGCACUGAAAACAUAA